UGCUAUGAUUUUCAAAAUAUGCACACAAUAUAUGAAUCCUUGAAAGUUUCGUUGAAUUUUUUUACCUGCUGGAUAAUCUGGUCCUGAAAAUGAGGUUGUGAUGAGACCAGUCAUUAUGCUGUGAUGUUCAAAUGACAGUCUUGAAAGUUUUCAAGAUUUUACAUAGGACAAGGCAAACUGUGUUCAAAGAUGACACCAGAAGCUUAGACGCUGCAAGACUUAAGAUAAAUGAAGAAUUCAAAAAUAAUAAAAAUGAGACUUCUCCUGAAAAAAUAGCCGAGCUUAUAAAAUUAGCUUCAGAUGUGGAAGUUAUACUUAGAACAUGUGUCCUACAAGGUGUUUAUGUGGAUGCCAACAAAAUAAAGCUUUUACCGAGAAAUGAUGUGCUGCGAGACAAUGCCCCAUACUGUGACACACCGAAGCAAAACACAUGAAUAUAAUAAAAAUUUUGAUUAAUUAACAAUGUUGUGUAAUUUCUGUUAAAAUAAAAUCGCUUUUCUAUAAUACUAACCUAAAUAAAA